GUUCAUUCAUUCUCUGUCCCCACUAUCUUUCUCUCUCUAUAUGUAUUCAUAUUCUCUCUCCUAAACUCCUCCAUCUUCUCCAUUAUGUCGACGGAGCUACAGCUACAGUUACCGCAGAUCAGAAUUCCGCCGAUAAGAUCAAUUGAUCAUACAAUCACUUUCAAUGAUGACAAAAUCAAGUCAGAGAACGAAGAAAACGAGUGCAGAACGCCUACAUCACCUGCAAACAGAAUUCCAGCGAUCUUCGUUUGUCCGCCGGCUCCAAAGAAGAAGAGACCUGCGAUUUCGUGUAAGAGAAAGCUAAGCGAGCUAGAUUUCUUCGGAUUUGUACCGGCGAGAGAAGAGAUUGAUUGCUUUUUCAGAACGAUUUCUAUAUCUGGAGAUCAAUUGGAUAGUAAUAUCAAAUCUGGUGUGAAAAGAAGAUGUCCGUGAAUUGAAUUCGUCAAAUAUGAUCGAUCAUCAAAUUUUCUGUGAACAGAUCGGACGGUUAUGUUCAUCUCUUAUGAACGUCAGGACUUCCAUUUCAGGUUCAUCAUCAAUUGGUUAUGUUUGUUUUAAUUCAUUUCAGAUCAGUUAUAUAUUCUCAUUGGGAUUCGGAUUUCUGAUUUCCGUUAUAACUUUCUUUCUUUCAUUCUUCACUCGAUUACAGUUUUUUUUUUUUAUUUAUUUAUUACUCUAAUCAAUGUGAAUUAUUUUCAGUA